GCGUAAAAGGCAAGUGUCGCCCCGCCCGUAAGAAGAUUUUGUUUAAGUAAGUUUGCUUGGACCCUUAGAGCUUGUUGCAUCAACAGAAAGAUAGAAUUUAUUCUUCAAUUAUGUCUGAUUCGAAAGGGGACGGGACGAUUGCAGCAAAGGAUGAAAAUCAAGACCGAGGAAACUGGGACAAGAAAUCCGACUACGUACUCUCGUGUAUUGGUUAUGCGGUGGGCCUUGGCAAUGUGUGGAGGUUUCCGUAUCUAGCGUUUCGAAAUGGCGGAGGUGCCUUUCUUAUUCCAUACGUCAUUAUGUUGGUGUUUGCUGGACUUCCCGUGUUCUUUCUGGAAUGCGCGCUUGGCCAGUUUUCAAGUUUGGGCCCAAUAUCUGUGUUUAAGUUCAGUCCGAUUCUUAAAGGCAUCGGAAUAUGUAUGGUUAUUCUCAACGUACUGGUGAGCAUCUACUACAACGUCAUAAUCACGUACACCGUGUUUUACUUCUUCGCUUCACUGACCCCGACUCUACCAUGGGAGGUCUGCACAAACUGGUGGAACAAUAACAAUACGUGCAGUACUGUAUUCGUUCGAACAUGCACUAUACAACUGACUCCUGCUCAAGCAAGCAUGCAGAAUAUUUUACCGGCGAAUAAUGGCAGCACAUAUCCGAACUCUCUUGUAAGCGUUGCGGAUGACGUUGCAAAUCUACUGAACGUAUCAAGAGCUGGCAUCUGCAGUGGCAUAACCAGUACAAGAGGAACAAGUCCAAGCGAAGAAUUUUGGGAGAACUACGUUCUACAGAGGUCGGCAGAUAUUAACGAAACGGGGUCGGUUCUCACUUCUUUAACACUUUGUCUCUUAGUUGCUUGGAUUGUUGUUUACUUUAGCAUGAUACGUGGAAUCAAAUCAUCUGGAAAGGUUGUUUAUUUCACUGCUAUUUUCCCGUACGUGGUUUUGUUGAUUUUGUUGAUCAGAGGUGCGACAUUGGAAGGUGCUUACGAUGGUGUGCAGUAUUAUAUUGGAAGCCAAUCUGACUUGAGCAAGUUACAAAAUGCAGAGGUUUGGAAAGACGCGGCCACGCAGAUUUUCUUUUCUUUAAGCGCUGCAUGGGGUGGGCUGAUCGCACUUUCUUCUUACAACAAAUUCCAUAACAAUUGUUUCUUCGACUCGAUUGUGGUUUGCUCUGUAAACUGCAUCACUUCUUUGUUUGCUGGUUUCGCUAUUUUCACGGUGGUUGGCCACAUGGCCCACGUACUUGAAAAACGUGUGGAUGAGGUCGUUAACUCAGGUUUUAGUCUUGCAUUCGUCGCUUACCCAGAAGCCAUUGCCAAGUUACCAGUAUCUCCACUUUGGGCAAUCUUAUUUUUCCUGAUGCUUUUUACGCUGGGUUUGGACAGCCAGUUCACGGGCGUAGAAGCGAUUUUGACCGCUAUGACGGACAUGUUUCCUGCCCAGCUACGAAACAAACGAAGUGUUUUGACUCUUUCAACCAUCAUCGUUUUAUUUCUGUUAGGCCUUCCCAAUGUUACCAACGCCGGCGUGUACUGGUUGAAUCUCAUAGAUCACUAUUCAGCCGGCUGGGGUCUGAUUAUUAUUGCCGUAUUGGAACUGAUAGGAGUAGCAUGGAUCUAUGGAGGGAAUCGUUUCAUUGAAGACAUCGAAAUGAUGAUCGGGAAGAAGAAUUGGUGGUUCUGGUUGUAUUGGAGAGCAUGUUGGUUCUUCAUAUCACCGUUGCUACUUAUCGCGAUCUUAAUUUGGUCACUUACUACAUUCUCCGAGCCAGAUUACGCUGGUGUGAAAUAUCCACAGUGGGCGAAUGCACUCGGUUGGUGUUCCAUCGCUGUCGGUUUAAUGUUUAUUCCCAUCAUGGGUGUGUAUGCGGUCAUUAAAAAUAAGGGAAACAUUUACAAAGCUUCUGAUCCAGCUCCAGACUGGGGUCCUUAUCUGAAGAAAUUUCGUGGACAGAGAUACGCCAACAUGCACGAACCUGCAGAAGCAUUGGCGCUUGCGAAAUACGCGCCGAAGGUAUCGGAGUACAAGAUGAAAGGAGAAUCAAACCCCGGGUUUGACGAAGAGGUUGAUGGGAAAACCAAGUUGUAAAAAGAAUUUGCCCGCUUGUCGAAUUAUGCUAACUAGAAUGCUAAAUUUUAACUAGAAUGCUAAAUGUUUAUUUCAGUAAUGUAUAAACAAAAUGAUCGUAAAUGACUUCUUAAUAGUGAUACGAUUUUUAGCAUCUUGCCCUACAUAAGUUGUCUAUACUGUUACCAAACGAUAUGUUAUUGUUUUAAUAUUUAUACACGCUGAUGAACGACACUGAUUUAAUAAUUACCGACAUAUUUUAAAAGUUCGGUGUAUAACACGUAUAGGAGGUAUAUACUAUAUGUUUUAAUGAAUAUGCAUUUAUGUGUUAUAAACUAACUAAGUAGUAAACUAGUUUUGUGUUUGUUUUACCUAAUAAAUUUAUACCCAAUACUGCAAAUAAAAUAUGUAGCUAACACAA